AUGGAAUCGCCUCUCUGCUGCUGCUGCUUGGCCGUUGCACUUUUAGGCACAUCAGACCCGCCCAUCCGUUGUUGUGCUGGACGUCACACAUGCCGUCAACAACAGACUCCCACGCUGUCCUUCAUCUCCCGUGGCUCGUCGACCACGAGCACCCGCUGCCUGUGCACCCGUACCACCGCGGACGCGUGCUCGAGGGCGCAAAAUGCAGCAACAGCAGAGGAGAGGCGUAAAGGCGCUUACCGUCCUGCAGGUGGUCUCUGCGCCAACGAACCUUGUCCCGGAGCAGAGAUUCGCGGGGAGGAGGAGCAACGAUCGCCUGCGAGCCAACCAGGCCUCCCCUGCAACUCGAGCGCCCGCGGGUUUCGAGAACAAUCCUGUCCGCCCAGCACCACAACGUCGCCGCUGUCUCUCUCCGCCACGCUGCCAUCAUCACAACACGAUGUUGCGGUCGAAGAUGGCCAAGAGCGUGAGCUGGCUGAGCCCAGUUCUCACUGGCCGCGUCAUAUUCUCCGAUGGUUCAUGUAG